AGGGAGAGGGCUCGGCAGCUGCAGUGCUCAUCCCCCCGUACACGGCGAGCAUCCCCCGGAAUGCUGGGGAGCCCGGGGUCCUUGAGUGCGCCCCUGAGCUGAGCCCCGGGCCCCCCGGAGCCCCGUCUUCACAGCGUGUGUGCAGGGGCCGCGAUACGUGCAUGUCCACGGGGGGAAGAUUUAACUUUGACGAUGGGGGGUCUUACUGCGGCGGCUGGCAGGACGGCAAGGCGCACGGCCACGGCAUCUGCACCGGUCCCAAGGGCCAGGGCGAGUACACGGGCUCCUGGAGUCACGGCUUCGAGGUGCUGGGCGUCUACACCUGGCCCAGCGGCAACACCUACCAGGGCACCUGGGCGCAGGGCAAGCGCCAUGGCAUCGGCGUGGAGAGCAAGGGCAAGUGGGUGUACCGUGGCGAGUGGACCAACGGCUUCAAAGGGCGAUACGGGGUCCGGGAGUGUACGGGCAAUGGCGCCAAGUAUGAGGGCACCUGGACCAACGGUCUGCAGGAUGGGUACGGUACAGAGACGUACUCUGACGGAGGUACUUACCAAGGGCAGUGGGCAGCUGGAAUACGCCAGGGCUAUGGAGUGCGCCAGAGUGUCCCAUAUGGAAUGGCUGCUGUUAUCAGGUCCCCCCUUCGGACCUCUAUAAACUCGCUCCGCAGCGAGCACACCAAUGGGACAGCAAUGCAUCCAGAUGCCUCCUGCGGGGUGUCUGGCAGCCCAGCCGUUUCUAGAGGGGGGUUUGUGUUAAUGGCCCAUAGCGAUGCUGAGAUGUUAAAGAACAAGAAGAAAGGAAUCUUCAGGAGGUCCAUCCUCAGUGGCCUGAAGCUUCGCAAGUCAGAAUCAAAAAGCUCGCUCGCCAGCCAGAGGAGCAAACAGAGCUCAUUUCGCAGUGAAGCCGGCAUGAGCACUGUGAGUUCCACCGCAAGUGAUAUAAAUUCCACCAUCAGCCUGGGUGAGGGUGAAACUGAACUUUCAGUGAUUGAGGAUGACAUUGAUGCCACCACCACUGAAGUCUACAUGGGGGAAUGGAAGCAUGACAAGCGAUCUGGUUUUGGAGUAAGUCAACGCUCAGACGGUCUGAAGUAUGAGGGGGAGUGGGCCAAUAAUAAGAGGCAUGGGUACGGAUGCAUGACUUUUCCUGAUGGAACCAAGGAGGAAGGGAAAUACAAGCAAAAUGUCCUGGUUAGUGGAAAGAGGAAAAAUCUGAUCCCACUCAGAGCCAGCAAGAUUCGGGAGAAAGUGGAUCGGGCUGUGGAACAAGCCGAAAGAGCGAGUAACAUUGCCAAGCAAAAAGCAGAGAUUGCAGCUUCAAGGACGUCACAUUCCAGAGCGAAGGCCGACGCAGCUGCAGCAGCAGCUCUCAAGGCACAGGAGGAAGCUCAGAUCGCCAGGAUUGCUGCCAAAGAGUUCUCUCCAUCCUUCCAGCACCGCGAAAAUGGGCUAAAGUGCCAGAGGCCAAAACAUCAGAGCUCGUGUGACGAUAUUGAGGUAAUCUCAACAGAGACACCACCACAGCAGGACAGUCCAGAACUGUACAGAAAAGGGACUACACCAUCAGACGUAACACCAGAUGACAGCCCCAUGAAAAGCCCCCUCUGCAGCCCACCGUCCACCCCACCCCUACCACAGCCAGCACCCAAGUCUAGAAAUAAGAGCGCCCACUUCUCUCGACAAUUGUCUGUGGAUGAGGAUCGGGGAGUGGACAUUCAGAUGUUGUUGGAGGGACGGACUGGGGACUAUGUUAGACCCAGCAACUGGGUUGAGGUUGGUGGGAGUAGAGUAGGGAUGUCAACAGGAAGUCCUUUGGGGCCUUGUUCAAUCCCUGAAGACCUCAUGAUGAAGAGCACUGGCCACAAACAUGUGGUUUCCAACCACAAGCCAAGAGAACGGUGGGCAGACUCCCCAACCACUGUAUCGUGGACUUCCCAUAGGACCCACAACCACAGUCCAGGUGGGAAUAAGCUUCUUGAGGUGGAUGAGGAAAAGCUCAGCAAUUAUGAGAUGGAAAUGAAGCCCCUGAAGAGAAUGGAUUCUUAUAUGCAAGAGAUUCACACCCAAAAAAGACAUUACAGCAAAACUGGGCCCCGGAACCCAACCGAGGGCCCCCACCUAGAGGACCGCAUGUAUGGAGUCCAGAGACUGAGGUCCAAACCUCAAAACAAAGAGAACUUGAGGCCUACAGCUGCUGCUGAGCCCACCGUGCAGAAACUGGAUACAUUGCGGUUUGGGGAGAAAGGAGAAUCACGUCUCCUGAGACGAGAUUUAACCCUUUCCCCACCACAGAAAUCUUUACCUGUUGCACUAGAAUCUGACGAGGAGAAUACAGCUGAGCUCAAACCCACGGGUUCUGCCCCCAUCCUGGUCGUCAUGGUGAUUUUGCUAAACAUCGGAGUCGCCAUUUUGUUUAUUCACUUUUUCAUUUGACGGAACUCCUCCAACGUUUGCAAAAAAUGAAAAAAAAUAAUAAAACAAUAAAAAUAUCAAAACAAAAAAAAAUAACUCUAGAACAAUGGACGCUGCUUGUGGAGCCCGGAAUGGAAUGUAGCUCCGUCAUCGGCUGAUUUUCUGAUUGAGCCUCUGCGUUUAAUAUUCUUUAUUUUAAUGAAAAGUUUUUUGUUUUCUUCCAAAGGAACAGAGAAUUCAGUUUCAAUCACAGUUUGCCUUUCCCUUCCCGAUGGGUAAUGUCUUUUAUUUUAUUUUUUGUUUGGUAAUUUUUUUUUUUUUUUCUUGCUUGUUUGGCAUGAGAGAAUGCAAAAGAUAAUGACAUUUUAUACCCAUGUGUCCCUCCCUGACAGUUGUGUUAAUCAUGUGUGUGUUGGGUUUAUAAAGACAAGACUUUUUCCUGAUUCCACCCCUAUCCAGAAGGAAAGAGCCAUUUAUUGUCAGAGGAUCUCCCUACUCUGCCCCCUCUGCCUGGAAAUGGCUCUAUUCCAGUAGGAUUACAAGGAUUGUGCCAUCCGCCCGAUGUCCUGAUCUUUCUUCGUUUUUUUUUUUUUACUAAAUUCUUUGCAGCCAUCAUCAUUUUCAGUUCUUAUAGCAGAGAUCAUCAAAAUGUUUGGUUAUUUUCUAUAGCCCAUUAGGAUCCAUUGGGAGAAUUGAUUUGUCAGAGUUUGAGCAUAGGUGGCAAAUUGUUUCUUCCUUUGUAUUCCUGCGCUUCCCCAAUAUAUAAUUGUAAAGAUAGACAUUUUAUUGGACUGAUGGGCUCUAUAUAUAGAGCAGAUUUUUCUGGAAAUAAACAGUAAUUUAUUAUAAAUCCAGAUCUACUACAAAGAAACAAACAUUAAUUUUAAAAAAAUGUAUCUUUAAAGGGGUACUCCGGCACUAAGACAUCUUAUCCCCUAUCCAAAAGAUAGGGGAUAAGAUGCCUGAUCGCGAGGGUCCUACCGCUGGGGACCCCGCUAUCUUUCAUGCAGCAUCCAGCUAUCAUCAUCCUCCGGAGCUAACGCUGUGGGUCUGAUGACUCAUGAUCAUGGGGCCGGAAUAUUGUGAUGUCACAGCUCCGCCCCCUCAAUGCAAGCCUAUGGGAGGGGGGGGUGGCGGCUGUCACACCCCCUCUCAUAGGCUUACAUUGAGGUGGCGGAGCGUGACAUCACACAGGGGCAGAGCCGUGACGUCAGGAUACUCUGGCCCCGUGAUCGAGUCAUCAGACCCGGAGCAAUGUUCGCUCCGGAGGCUGAUGAUAGCGGGGUGCUGCAUGAAAGAUUGUGGUGGUCCUCAGCGGCGGAUAGGGGAUAAGUUGUCUUAGCGCCGGAGUACCCCUUUAAAGGAAAACUCCAUGCAAAACAUGAAAAGUGCAAUGGCUUUAAGUACAACACUGCUUCCUUCCUGUAGCCACUGUCAUGCCUGGAAUUUCCCACAGUACCAAAUUGGUGUCAAGAUAUUUCCCUUCAUAACAGAGAGUUUUUUAACAGAGUUUUUUUUAACUAUACAUUUCCAAAGUUUGGUUAUAAUAGAUCUCCCAUGGAGUUUUUCUUUAAAAUUACUUAAAAAAUGUAGCCUACCAGAAAGAAAAAAUAAAAUAAUUAAUUCCAGCACCGACACUCAGCUAGUUCCCGACAGACCUCUUUUUUUAAAACUUCCUGCAGUGAUGGCAUAAAGCAUGCUGCAGCCAAUCACUGGCCUCAGGUGUCUUGUACUAUACAUGCAGGCAUAACUGCAGAGGCCAUUGAUUGGCUGCAUCGGUCACGUGGUGUCACUGCAUGAAAGUAAGCCAAGACUGUUGGCGCUAUUUAUUUUCUCUUAUCUCAUCAAAUUUUUAACUGUUAGGCAAAUUUUUUUGUACUCCUGGACAAUCCUAUUAAAGUUCAUAUGUUUUGCACUUUGCAUUUCAGCCCAGUAAAAGGUUUUGCACUGGUUCAGGUUUGCUGGUUAAAUGGUUCAUUGGUCAUUGGCCCUCUCAUCCCUUGAGGGUAUUGCACAAUCCUCCUGACAUGACUCCAGGCCUUCCCUGCCGACCGGCUGGAGAGCAAGGAUUUUUCUUUUUGGCCAAGUUCUCAGUUCUCACUACAUAACUUUCAAUCUGCCCCCACUGCAUGCUUGCUAUUAAUGUUCUGACCAUCAUCUUACGCUCAAUCAGGGUGUCGCCUGUCUGUUCAAUAAACCAUUUUAGCAAUGCAAACAUUUGCAGAACAAUGAAAACUUGUCCUCAAUGGUAAAUGUUUCUUUUCAUUUGGUUUCAGUUGUCUUAUGUCUCAAAUUAAUUAUCAACCAACAAUAAUAGUGAGCCAAAAUGUACAAGUUCCCAUACAUCAUAGAAAACACCUUGUAUAGUGUCAUGGAGACUGUUCUGUGGGUCGAAGAUGGAGGGGUGUGGCGUGGCCAUCACUAACCUCCCCUCUUGUAACUCAUAUUUCUACAGUUUCUAACAUUGGUGUAAUCAAGUAGAUAUGUUCUUUAGUGCCAGUCCUCACUUCUCUGCCUAUAUCUUAAGAUUUGCAGGGCAGUGAUGGCUGUUAUAAUGCUUUACAGCAUUGAUGACCUCUCAGAGUAUAAGCAGCAAGUUAAAGGCACCCACAGUAGGGGAUGUAUGUGUUGGUAGAAGCAGUCUACGACUAUUCUAGGGAAUUUUUUGGAGCAUGCAUCCUUUCUUGUGUAAAUCCACCCCCUUGCGUCAUCGAGAUACAGAAUGAUCCUGAUCUUCCUGGUCUAGAUGGUUUGGAUACUAUGUGGAAGAAUACACAAUCCAUAGUGCAAGCAGAAAGAUUUACAGCCCUACAACACGUAUAAGGCUUUUGUCCAUACAGGGAUCGAAUCCAGCUGGGAGAUGAGAAAACUGGACACCCGGCCCUAAUCUAAUUCAUUUGAAUGA